AUGACAAAGCCGAAGAUGGCCCGCGCCCAUUCCUCUCCCAUACCAGAUAUCCCACCUCGCUUUCCGCAACCCCGCCCUGCGUCGCCGCUUGGCCCGUACGGUCGCCAUCAAAGCCCUCUGAGGAGACCAUCAGACGACUCCUUCUCAAGCUUUGGCAAUGAUCUGGAUAUUGACCAGACAAUAGCCGAGCAUGCUGAAUUAGAAGUGACACCUCGAGCGACCAUCGAUCAUGAAUCAAGUCUAGGUUCUCCAUCCAUCUCAUCACACAACACAUUUUCAAGAAGCAGACGGCGGCCAUCUAGCCCGCUUAGUCACAUUCAACAAGGACCAUUAACGCCAAGAGCUUCACUCAGACCAAGCACCUCUACGCCUUCUUUAGCUAAUGGCCAAUUCAAUGAAGCAUUUCCUUCCACGCUUAGCAUGUCCUCAUCGGCUACAUCGACGCCUUCAUCGAUGCGAUCAAGAUCACCCAGCAUAUCUUCGUUGGAAACUAUACCCGACUCGCCUGAUGCAGAGAUCGAGGCAGAACAGAUUGCUCGGUUGAAAGCUGCAGCAGAUAGAGAGGAGCAGUCCGAAGAACGUACUCGGCGAAAGUCCACUGCUAGCUCAGACUUACUUGGUAGGAGUAUGAGGGAUAAGCGGAAGAGAUGGAGUGUAUGUGGAGCUGAGAGGAGGGGAGAUUUAGACUUGGAGACCAUUUGGGAGGAUGGUAGCUGA